AUGUCGUGGAAACUGACCAAGAAGCUCAAGGAGACCCAUCUUGGUCCUCUUGCCAACACCUUCUCCCGAUCUCCAUCCACCGCAACAAUCACACCAGAGUCCGCGAAGGACGAGAAAUCGAGCUUAGCAGGCAGCACUCCUGCCCCUACAAACGACAAUGGUAUAGCUGCGUCCGAAAUCAUAGCUGCCCAGCCCCAAUCGCAACCACGACCGGGUAUUUUGAUCGUCACGUUGCACGAAGGUACUGGUUUCUCUCUGCCAGAGCAAUACAAAACCUCUCUUAGUUCACACCAACAAAACUCUCUUUCCCAGGGCAAUGGAUUUGGAGUGGCUGGAUCCGUACGGCCAGGCUCAUCUCAACAACAGGGCAGCGUCGCCGGCUCCUAUUCUACCAACGCGAGGCCACAAACAUCGGGCGGUGGGUUUGGCGCAGUCCCUAUGAACCACGGUCGAAUCUCAUCCAAGUACCUCCCAUACGCUCUGCUGGAUUUCGAUAAGUUGCAGGUGUUCGUAAACGCUGUCUCAGGAACUCCCGAGAACCCCCUAUGGGCGGGAGACAACACUCAAUACAAAUUCGAUGUAUCUCGAGUAACAGAACUCGCAGUCCAUCUCUACCUACGAAAUCCGAAUGCACCUCCCGGGUCCGGACGAAGUCAAGAUAUCUUUCUUGGGGUAACACGCAUCAAUCCCCGUUUCGAGGAAGCCCAUAAAUACGUUGAGGAUCCCAAGUUGAGCAAGAAGGACAAAGAGAAGGCGGCUGCAGAAUGGCAAUCCAAAGAAAAGGCUCUGGGCCAGGCGGGGACCGAUUGGCUGGAUGUAACGUAUGGGACCGGCAAGAUCCGAAUUGGCGUCGAGUACAUUGAGAACAGAACGAGAUCAUUAAAGAUCGAAGGUUUCGACCUGCUGAAGGUUGUUGGCAAAGGCAGCUUCGGAAAGGUUAUGCAGGUAAAGAAAAAGGAUACCCAACGGAUCUAUGCCCUGAAAACGAUUCGAAAAGCGCAUAUUAUCUCCCGGUCGGAAGUCGCACAUACAUUGGCGGAACGAUCUGUCCUUUCACAAAUUAACAACCCCUUUAUCGUACCUCUCAAAUUUACAUUCCAGUCACCUGAGAAGCUCUACUUUGUUUUGGCAUUCGUCAACGGAGGGGAGUUGUUCCAUCAUCUCCAAAAGGAGCAACGCUUCGAUAUCAAUCGCUCCAGAUUUUAUACUGCAGAACUUCUCUGUGCGCUCGAGUGUUUACAUGGUUUCAACGUUAUUUACCGAGAUUUGAAGCCUGAGAAUAUUCUACUAGAUUAUUCUGGACACAUUGCUCUGUGCGAUUUCGGCCUAUGUAAGCUGGACAUGAAGGAUGAGGACCGCACGAACACAUUUUGUGGCACGCCCGAAUACCUUGCUCCCGAGCUGUUGCUAGGUCAGGGUUAUACAAAGACCGUCGACUGGUGGACUCUUGGUGUUCUUCUCUAUGAGAUGUUGACGGGCCUACCCCCUUUCUAUGACGAGAAUACCAAUGAGAUGUACCGAAAGAUUUUGUCAGAGCCUCUCCAUUUCCCUGGGCCGGAGAUUGUGCCACCUUCCGCGAAGGAUCUUCUCACUAAGCUCCUCAACCGCAAACCCGACCAACGAUUGGGAGCCAAUGGUGCAUCCGAGAUUAAGGCACACCCCUUCUUCCACAGCAUUGACUGGCGGAAGCUUCUUCAGCGAAAAUACGAGCCGACCUUCAAGCCCAAUGUGACUGGUGCCACUGAUACGAAGAACUUUGAUGAGGAGUUCACGAAAGAAUUUCCCGCCGAUUCGCUUGUUGAAGGGCCAAUGUUGUCACAAACCAUGCAACAACAAUUCACGGGAUGGUCAUACAACCGUCCUGUUGCAGGUUUGGGCGAUGGAGGUGGCAGUAUCAAGGACCCCUCAUUCGUUGGAAGUAUAACAGAUAGAUGA